AACAACAGUGUCUCGUGCUAUCAAACCGUAAGACAACAUUUUGCAAAUUCAAUGAAUGGUCCUUUGAUUAAGACUAUCUAUCGGGAAGAAAUUGAACAUUUUUCUCAACAAGACAAAUCGAUUAUAACCUGGUUUAUUACAUCAACAUUGUGCUGA